UUGUGGGCUCGGUGAUACACUGACAGCUGAACGAUACAGUGUACCAGCGACGCGCGGAAAUGGAAAAAUCUAUAGAUACAUGCACAUACACAUAUACAUAUACAAACAUCAUCUAAGUCAGUUUGCAUGGAUUAUGUGUUGAUUUAGUGCAGCAGGCGGGGAGUAGUGAUACAAACAGCACUGAUCGGUGAAUUUAAAUAGGGAUUUAUUGCAUUUAAAUGGCUCUACAUUUCCCGCACACGGGAAUGGUCUUCUAGCGGAUUGCGAGGUCUGUGUUUGAUCCCGUCAUCCGCAGCAGUUACGCCCCACCAUCAUUAUCAUCUGUCGGGUGGGCUCCGUCGAUCAGUGGGUGGAUAUUUCUCUCCGUUAAUAUCUCCAGACAUCGGGAAUCAUGGGGAACAGCACCUCAUGCUGCGUGUCGUCCAGCCCGAAGAUCCGGAGGAACGCGCACUCGAGGCUGGAGCCAUACCGGCCCGAACCGGAGCUGAGCCGAGAGGACACGGGCUGCAACCUCCAGCACAUCAGCGACAGAGAGAACAUAGACGAACUCAACAUGGAGUAUAACCCCUCUGACCACCCACGUGCCAGUACCAUCUUCCUCAGCAAGUCUCAAACAGAUGUUCUUUUACCCAACAAGAAAGUUCGGGAAAAAAGGAAAAGUCUGUACGUCAACCAUCAACAUCCGUCUGGUCCAGUGAGACGCAAGUACAGUUCCUGUUCUACGAUUUUCCUAGACGACAGCACCGUCAGUCAACCCAACCUCAAAUAUACUAUCAAAUGUGUCGCCCUUGCAAUAUACUACCACAUAAAGAACAGAAAUGUGGACGGGCGAAUGCUGUUAGACAUUUUUGAUGAAAAACUUCAUCCACUUUCAAAAUCGGAAGUGCCAUCGGAUUAUGACAAGCACGACCCUGAACAGAAACAGAUCUACCGAUUUGUCCGUACGCUGUUCAGUGCUGCCCAGCUCACAGCAGAGUGUGCCAUAGUUACACUGGUGUAUUUGGAGAGAUUAUUAACAUAUGCAGAGAUUGACAUCUGUCCUGCUAACUGGAAGAGGAUUGUGUUGGGUGCCAUCCUGUUGGCGUCAAAGGUGUGGGAUGAUCAGGCCGUGUGGAACGUCGACUACUGCCAGAUCCUCAAAGACAUCACCGUCGAAGACAUGAACGAGUUGGAGCGGCAGUUUCUAGAGCUGCUGCAGUUCAAUAUUAAUGUUCCAUCCAGCGUCUAUGCCAAGUAUUACUUCGACUUGCGUUCACUCUCGGAGGCGAACAACAUCAGCUUCCCCCUGGAGCCUCUCAGCAGAGACAAGGCCCAGAAACUGGAGGCGAUCUCCAGGCUUUGUGAUGACAAAUAUAAAGACUUGAGAAAAGUGGCCAAGAAGCGCUCCGUGAGUGCAGAUAACCUAACAGUGGUCAGAUGGUCGCCGGCCAUCAUAUCCUAAUAACAGUGGACGUUGGGGACUCUCAUGAAAGACAGAGAGGAAGAGACUGUCAGAAGAAGCGUUCUCUAAGAGGACACAUAUGUGUUUAGUACCUUCACAAGACUCUUGAGCCAGUGGCUUUUAUUCAGAAGAGUGUUCUUGCUGGUCGUAAGGCUGCUGUACAUACAAGAAACCCACACAAAGAUCACUUUCAAACUUGUGGCUUAGAAGACAAAGAGGAAGACACUCCUGCUGCAGUUCAGAAAAACUGAAGGACAUGGAUGAAAGGAUAUAAACGAGGGAGAAAUUCCAAGUGCUGCCCAAUGACAGGAACAGCAUUCCAACAGCUUUGUGUCAUAUAUGUUUGCCAUUCUAGGACACCUGUUUGAAACUUACUUCAUACAUCCACUAAAAAUCACCUUGACACCAGUUGGUUAAAAGUAAUUCCUAAAAUGCCUCAGAGAAGUAAGUAUAGUUCUGAGAAAAUGUCUAGCAUCAUUUGUUUGCAGAUGCCACACAUUAAUUACAUAUAUAUUUGUAGGGAUGUGCCCGAAGCCGAAUACCUUAUUCGGAAAGGCACAAAUAAUGACUUCAAAACGAAUAACGGAUUCAUCCGAUUAAUAGUAACAAUAUUCGUUUGACUGAUUAUCGUUUAAGAAUAAAGCAACAUUUUAAAUAAACAUAUCCAAAAUUACAAUGAAAUUAUGAGUCAGUGAAGUCAAUAUUAGUAGCCUACUAAAGUGUAAAACUUAGAAAUGAAAAUGCGCACGGUGUAAUUUCAGACCGGAUGGGCACUGUCUCGAGUCCGUUUGCGGUGUCUGUUAGUUGUGCACUUCUGGAUAGGCUACAUUUUCCAUUCCUUAAAAUGUCUAUAUUAAUGUAUCGCAUGAUUCACACGUAAUGAUUUCCAUGUAUUCAUUUAUAAACCAACCUGAGUGCAAUGUUAAAUUCCUGACCUGAAGUGAUGAUUUCACAGCAGAGCACUUCUAUUCACCUCUAAAAUUUGACCACAUUUAUUUUCACAUCACCGAUUAACGGAUCUGGUUAACACUUUAUUCCAAAAAAAGUUUAAAUGCUCUAUAAAGUGUACAUCUAUUCAGAAUAUUCCUGCUCAUGUGAUACAAAGAAACUGAAACAAUCAUUUUUUCCCUCCCUUUAAACUGUACUAAAUUUGAAAAUGUUAACGUAACAUUAUUAUUAUUAUUAUUAUUAUUCUUUUCCCACUAUUUCGCUAAUUCUGUACGUGUAAUUUAACUAAAUAAUUAUGUCCUCCACAUUAUGUUAAAAUAUGUGUGCACAAAUCAGCCUCGAGUGUAAAAUUCCUGAUAUAUUUAUGGGUCUUUCACCUAUUUGUAGGCUAUAUUGAUCUAUUCUAAUUUCCUUUAAUGUUUGUAUUUAAUGUUCGCUGCAAAAUGUGUGCUUGACAUUUCACAAUUGCUUGACACCUCGUGCCUCAGUUAACAACAUAUUCUUCAGUUCAUGAGUCUACAUAUUCAGCUUCAUCUGGUAAGAAAAAAUAUAUGAAUAAUAAUAUAAUGAAAUAUUAAUAAUAAUAAUAAUACUCAUAGUAAUAAUAAUUAGUAUUAAUUUUAUUAGACUAUUAUUAUGAAUAGGCAUAUACAAGGCAUAUUUUAUUUAUAGAAACUAUACUUGUAAUAGAGUUACAUUUAAAAAAUGGGUGCUUCAUUUAGUUUUGUAACACUUCCGGUUUAAGCCCCUCCCACAUUCAGUUCUGUCUGAAUACAGAUACAGAUACAGAUAAUGGCUGUGCUGCACACACCUAAUAUUUUGUAGCUAAUUAAUUGACAUUCAGUCAUUUUUAAGUGUGAUGUACUGUAAGUGUCCAGAUUCUUCUUGGGACCGCUGUAGUAUUCCUUAAAGUAUUUCUGUUCAAACAAAAUGACUGUGACGUGUUUAAACUACGAAAUUACCACUGUAGUUAUACAUACUGCUAUUUAACAUUUUGUGAUCUCAUUUAAGACUUAUUAUAAAUAAAAAAAAAAACAUCCUUAAUGACGGUUUAUUAAAGUUGAAUGAGUUUUUAACAAUGCUCGUUCAUGGGAAAAUGCACAACUCCAAACACAGUCGGACAUUUCUACUUACUGCGCAUCAUAGGAUGGAUUAUUUUACAUUUUUUAUUCUAUUUUUUUACACUUUUUUUUCCCUUUUUGUAAUACAUGAUCGAGACAGUGCUGUUUAGUGUUAUUAACUAAGAGUAAUGGAAGUUACUUUACAGAUGAGGAUUUACUAAAAGAAAUACAAGCGGUGGUCCGGGGGGGUCUCCACGUGAACUUCCUUGAGUGAUUUCGUUUUGGAGUAGAAGUUUGACAUUCCAUUCUCAAUUAUCAUAAACGUAUAUAACAUACACUCUAUUUCUUAUUUUAUGCCCGUCUCUCUCCUUGCUUCACCAAAUGACUUAGAUAUACACAUGCUGCGUCACUCCCAGUUACAGUAAAUUCUCAAAGCAAUACAUGCAUUGUGCUGUAUUCAGUACAAUACCUGCUACAGAUUGGAGCAGAUAUUUUACUAAAUUUACAUUGAUCUGAAACAUCCUUUCAGAUUGAAAACAUUUCAUGUUAAUAAAGGCCAGACUAAUGGGUCAAUCUCAGGAAACCUGCAAAAAACAUGUCUACGUCAUAUUUUACCUUAUAUAAUCGAAAAAGUUCUAGCAAAUUAUGUCAAUUUUGUACAUUUAAAUAAUAUAUAUUAGGGGUGUAACGGUUCUCGCUAAAAAAACUAACCAUACGGUUCGCCAACCACGGUUCAGUAAGCAUUUGCUCAGUGGUUCAUCUCUAGUUUAAUAACGCAUCUGGAUCCUACAGUUUGGUUUAGAAUAUAAAGCGCCAAAUAGACGUGCGCAGUUGUAACCUCUACUAAUGCACCUGUAUGGCUCUGUAGAUGGACACACUCCACCUGUGUGUUUCACGUGGGUCAGCUUUCUACUGAAAGAAAUUGUCCUAUUAACUGUAAAUAUGUUAAAUCAGUUGAUGACAUCACAGUUCUGCACGCAUAGUUGGCAAAAUGGCAAGCGGAGAAAACAAGUGCAAGAGAGAAGCCCCUGCAUCAUUCAAGUCUCCUGUCUGAGAACUUUCUUUAUGCAGUCAACCAACACAGCGAUGGUCCAAAAACUUUUACAAAACAGGCACUGUUUGCAGACAUUGCUUGACACGAGUGCCGUAUACUGGUAAUACAUUUAUAUUUGAUUAGCUAUUUACACUGACAUCACCCAAGGAUAUAUAGCACGUGGCGCACACAGAGCCGCAGGUGAGCCCGAAACUGCACACAGACACGACUCCCUUCUGUCUUUAAGCAGACACUCGGUGCUAGUUCGGACAGACAUGAAACAAGAACUAAAGCGCUUGGGGUGUUCAUUGCCAAAGUUAUGUUGCCCUUACUCCGUUGGUAAAGAUGUGGGAUUUCCGCGUAUGAUUAAAAUACUCGAGUCGCGUUGCGACAUCCAUUCUCGUAUUCAUUUUCAUAGCAAGUUUAUUUCUUCUAUAGUGGUGUACAGAUUCUGAACGCUGAUUAUACAUCGAGUUGAGUUUGAAAUGCACUUUAUGUUGAUGCAUGUCACGUAAUAAUGCAGGUAUUAGGUUAAAAUGUUGAGUUAGUAAUAAGAGAAAGUUUGUUUUUUUAGUUAAGGACCCUAAUGAAAAUUAACUAUGGUUUUACUAUAGUAAUAUUGUAGUAACCGUGACUGUAAUAACAAGGACUAUAGUCACCAUGGAUUUCGUAGCAGAGAUCAUGGUUUUGAUGGAAUUAACCAUGGUUUUAUGUAGUAAUACUGUAGUAGCCAUAUAGUAACCAUGGUUUGACUAUAGUAAUAUUGUAGUAGCCAUGACUGAAGUAACAAUGACUGCUGUCACCAUUGUUUUCUUGGCAGAAAUCAUAGUUUUGAUACAAUUAACCAUUCCUUUACAACAGUCAUACUGUACUUUCCAUAUAAUAACCUUGAUUUUACUAUAGUAUUGUAACCAUGACAGUAACCAUGUUAAUUUUGUGGUUACUUUGAUUUUAUUACAAAUACAAUGUUUAAACUAUGGUUACUGUAGUAAAACCAUGGUGAUUUGUAGUGAGGGCAAAUCUUUUGAAGUGUUUGUUACCAAAUAGAAUAUUUUUACUUUGGAUUUGGCAAAAAUAUUUGUUUUUUUCCUGAACAUAACAAAUACCGAACUGUACCAAAACCGUGAGCCUAAAACUGUGAUACAAACUGAACUGUGAGAAAUUUGAACUGUUACACCCCAAUAUAUACAUAUGUUUUUUCCCACAUUACAGUAAUUAUUAUUUUGGGUGGAAAUGUGCUUAAAUGUCAUUGAAAGUUUUUUGUUUAUUGUUUAUUUGUUUUAAUUAUUCUAUAUUACUCUAAUUAGGUUCUCAUUACUGUAGUGCAGUGUUUUCUUUACUUUAUUACAGUAAUACAAUUACUGUAAAACAAUGAUUUUUAUAUAAAGCUAUCAGCCAUGAAUAAUUAUAUUAAAAGCAGUAGAAAAUACUAGCAAAGUGUAUAAAUACUUUACAAUAUAUAUAUAUAUAUAUUAUUGUUUUUUCACAUAACGGUAAUUAGAAUUUUGGAGGGAAAUUUGCUUGAAUGUCAUUUUUUUUAAAUUCUAAAUUAUUCUAAUUAGGUUCUAAUUACUGUAAUCUUAUUUUCUUUUCUGUAUUACAGUAAUACAAUUACUAUAAUACAAUGACUUUUUGUAUUACCAGCCAUUAAAUAAUUAAAAGGAGUAGAAAAUACUAGUAUGAUGUAUAAGUACUUUACAAUUUAAAUAAUGUUUUUUUAUUUUUAUUUUUUUGUUUUUUGUUUUUUACAUUACAGUAAUGGGAAUGAGAUUGUUUUCACAUUACGGUAAUGAGAAUUUAGGGGGGAAAUGUGCUUAUUGUAAUUAAUAUUAAUGAUCCAACAAAUAGUUUUGUUUGCUUUAAGCAAAAUAUAAAGUACAAUGUUUUUUAAACAUUGAAAUAUGACCCAGACAUGUUCUUGAUGGGUUUCGUGAGAUUCAUGCUAAUAGUCCCACUGGGGAUAUAAAUAUUUGGACAGACUGUAGUAUUUUGUUUGUCAGUUAUGAUUAUGUGUAAAACUGUAGAGACGAGAGGAAAUCUUGCUGUAUCCACUGCCAUGUACUUCACCUGCAUAUAGCGGGAAUAUGGCCUUAGAUUUAGACAAUGAAAAUGAACUGUUUUAUCUUCCAUUCUUAAACAAACUCAAUAUUAUCUACAAAAUUAGUUUUCCAUUUUACAAUCAGUUCUUCCCAGUUCAAAAGAUCAGCAAGUGUUGAAUUACGCCACCUGAUUUAUGUUAUUUCUGAAAUAUUUGUUCUAUUAUUAGAUUCAUGUGCUAAGAGGGACUGAGAUUUUCAUCUGUGAGAAACUUGGCUCAGAAACACAUUGAGAAUGAAGAAUUAGAACUUCCAAAAAAUAUGUUUUGUAUAAUGUAACAUACUUUCAAUUUAAAUAUGAUCUUGAAAUAUUUAUAUGUGACCAGUAUUUACUUUUCUUAAUUCCUAAAUUCUUUAGACACUGAUGUAUAUAAAUAUGUGUUGGUUAGGAAGAAUUUUAGUUGAUAUUAAACCUUGUUUGAUCAGGAUUAAAUAUAUUUUCUGGGAUCUGACACUUGUUUUUAAGCAUUGUCAUUUGUAAUAUGUUUUUCAUUUUCUAUCAAUUGAAUUUCCAGAUGAGGUAAAUCUUCUUUUCCUCACCACAAAAGUGACAUAAAGCAAUUUCACAAGGUUAUGUUGACAUGAAUGUAACUGCUGCAAUAGCUUAGCUUUUACUGUAACUUUUUAGCAGCAAUGAAAAAAGCAAUUUUUCAAAAUGUCCAUUAUUAUCAGGUGGUAUGUAUGUGUUAACCUUUACAUUGAUCAUAGUCUGGAAGUUGUUUAAUUUAUUUUAUAUCAAAUGCCCAAAAAUGUCUUAACAUGUUAACUUCAGAAACAGUUUAACGUACAUUUAGUGCACACUUUGUAUGUUUGUAUACAAUAUCCAUUAAGCUAAGUAAUACUAACACACAUAAAGGUUAUACAUUUCAUACAAAAUUCACCCCAAAAUCUUUUUUUUAUUAUUAUUAUUAUUAUUUCAUGACAAUUAAGCACAAUAUUUCCAACAUUUUAAUUACUGUAAUGUGUCCAGGCAUUUUACUUUUGAUAUUACUUUUACUUUUUUAUAUUAUUCACAAUGGUAAAUAUUUCAUUGAAUCACUCUACUGUAAUACUGUAUUUUGUUACUGUAUCAGUAAAAAUGAAAAAAGAAUUUUUUUUUAUUAAAAUCAGCAUAAAGGCAGUACAACAAAUUCUAUCACAGUGUAUAAAUAUGCUCUAACUUAAAUCAGAUAUUGUUUUGUUUUUUCUGCAUUACAGUAAUGAGAAUUGGAAGGAUGCUUAAUUGUCCCGUAAAUGUCAGAAUGCAGAAAAUCUUAUUGGUCCUAAAAAUGAGCUUAAAUGGGCUUCUUCAUGCAAAAUUACAUUUUUAAGCAAUGAUGUCCAGGUUACUUGAGCGCAACUUGAUUAUGAUGACAGAUGUGACACUGUACAAUGCAUUUUGUUUUGGAUUAUUUCCUAGAUUAAGGAAGUUUUACCAAAGUUCAAUGAAGAACUGGCCUUUGGAAAUGGUGCCACUUUAAUUAAACCCCCCUUUGCACAUUGUAAGAAUGUCAGAAACUAUUUGAAAUCAGGGAGCAAGUUCAAAAAAAGGCUUUUCUGGAAGGAAAAUGGAUUCAGAAAUGAAAAGACUGACAAAAAGCAUUUGAAGAUUGUAUUAUUCUAUUUAUUUUAUGUGAGCAUGUGAGGAUACAGCCCAGUGUUGUAAACUCGAGUCAUAGUGAUCGGUGGCAGUUGGCAGGCGAGUGGCGUUUUAGCCGUGUGCACUGAACUCUACCUCUGCAUAGAGUCUUUUGUUUCUGAUUUAAUACUUCUCUUGCUCUGUCUCUAUCGGUAAUCUUUCUCAUUCUCAUUGCGAUUUCUAGGAAAUUACAAAUUCAACUCUUUCAGAACAUUUAUACUAUAAGUGGUUUCUUAUGAAAUAGAAAAACGGAGAGAAAACUGCUGUUGUUCUUUAAUGUUCAGUUACUGGUUGUAUGCCUGUUUUUUAUGAAUAAUACAUUGUUGUUAUUGUCAUUUGUUUCAAACCCUUCCUCUGUAUCUGUUUUCAGCGUGCCAAAGGCUGAAUUCUAUUUUCUCCAAAUAUCAUUUUCAUUCUACUUUCUGUUAAACUAAGUGAACCCAGUCGCCUGCGGUCUUCACCCCAGGAGCUGGAGGCUACAAUGGUCGCAUGCAGUCUUCUGUUCUAAAACUAUGAUUUUAACUGAUACUCCCGUUCAGAAGCAAUGUUUAGAAACAGCCACAAGAAUAAACUUUUAAAAGUUGCAAUAAAAAACUCUAUGAUUUCAUGUGUUUUUUUUGUUUUUUUUUUUAGAUAAAGGUUUUACAAAAUAUUUAUACAAGAUAAGGAAUUAAAUAACUAUUCUGGGUUCAGUACAACUUUGGCUCAAUUAAC